UCCUAACAGAUGAUGAACAUCAAUAACGUAGCAGAUCCGUACCCCUGGCACAUCUCAGGCUAAGAAGUCAAGUUUCAGGAAAGCAUUCUCUUUCAAAGAGUUGCUGUACCGGGCUUUUAUUGUGGGCUGAGGCUGAAACCCGAGAGUGGUUACUUGAGCGCCACAGGGAUGACUCUCCGACAGCCAGCUGUCCACUUACGAAGGGCUCAGAGCUGGAGGAGAUCAGGAGAUGACUCCUGCUGGGAGAGACUCAUAUCAAAGGACGAGGACUUGACUUGUGCUGUUCGCCUACCGCAUAUAUCUCGGCCCCUGAGCACCACUGAAGGGGGCCGGUUGGAUGACUGGGUGCAGGAGCUACAUCAGAUGCAGAGCAACCAUUUGAGAAGCCCGGUUCCUGGUCAGGUUCAACCUUUGAGUGAUCGGACAGCAUCCAUGCCAUCCCUUGACAAAGACCAGCUCGGAACUUGGAGACAAUGCAAGUCUCAAUGUUUCAGCAGGGGGUCAACCCCAUGCGGGACUCUCAACCUGUGUGAGGGUACAGUGGGGAGCCAAGAGUCUCUCCAGGUGGGAAUAACUGCUCCUGCCCAACGCAGAGGGAGUUGGGAAAGAGUUCAUAUCAUGCAGACACCACAGAAGGAGCAGACUAAACUCAGCUAUCUGGAUCCCGUCAAAGUAGGGUGGCUGCCUGUCCAAAGUGUAUUAAUGAUGGCGGCAGAUGAUUGCAACCAAAGUCAUUUGUCUCAAUCUUGUCACCAGGUGAAACUGAAACAGCCCAUCACUCCAACAUUUACGAAGAACCCAGCAACAACCAACAAGUUCCAGGAUGUGGAGGUGGAGAGAAGCCAUACCAGUCCGAGUGCUCUGGGCGUGAGGUCGUGGCAGGGACCUGAUCGAGGCUCUCCCAUUAUUAAACAGGUACCAGAAAAACAAAGCGCCACUGCCAAGAAUGGGAACAGACCAAUCAGCUUGCAGGCUCUGAGAAGAGGCUGGAAUAUCAACAGGUUCUCCGCACUCCCUGGAGACAGUCAGUCCAAUGAUCUUCCCACAGGGACCAGCUCCAACCUCAGUGAGAACGCUCCUCUUGGGAAAACAACGGGCUUUGAGUCCAACAACUUCCCCAUGCAUCAAACCACUUCUGCUGAAUCCUCCAGUGCACAUAUUCUUUUGCAAAGAACAACUGGUAUUCAGCCUCUGAGGGCAACAGUCAACUCACAACCCAUUUCACAGACAACCUCUUCUGUGACUAUGAUUGUUCCUCAGAACAAAGCUGGCUUUUCCUCCAUCACAAUCUCCUCCAGGAAAGUCACCAGAUCAACCAGUCUGCCAGACUUUGAAAGCCCCAUCUGUAGCAACUCCACUCCGAUGAGGAAAUCCCCUUCUCCACCCCGAUCCCCCCAGUCCAUGGACCCAAACUCCAGGCAGAUCUCAGCACAAAAGAAGGCCACCAUAGUCAAAGUAACAGAGCAAAAGAUGACACGCAGCACCAGCUCAAAGGUGAAAGACACAGUACAACCAACUAGCCAUGCUUUGGACACGGGAGUCCACAGAAGAAACGCAGCAAUUAUCAAAGUAACAGAGCACAGGAAGCACUACAGUUCACCAAAAACAGGUUCUAACAGUGGACACCCAGAGCAUCAAGAAAGCUACACUAAGGGAGCUUACCCUUCAGACAAUACCCCACCUUCACAUAACCAUCUUGCUCCAGAGAGGACAAACCCUGUUUCACCCUUACCUAAAGAUCCAGAAAAGAACGGUGGAACAUUACACCGGUCAAUGCUGAACCUUUUUGUCAGCAAUCCACCAGCUGUAGCAACACGGUCUCCCCCUGAAUUUUCUUCAAAGGCCGUUGGACAGAGACUGGACAGGCCACUCAGGCCACUGAGCUGCAACGCCAAUGUGUUUGGACGCACUGAGCAAAGUGUAGAGAAAGUGUCUCAGGCAUCUGUCAGGAAAUGGAGCUUUGAGCUUCCACCAGAGACCAAUGUCAAUUCUGUGAACCCUGAGAAUAGUUUCAUCAGCUCUGAGUCAGCGGUGGAAGAAGCAGGUCAGCCAAAGGCAGAGACUCUCAAGCCGAAUGAAAACAAAAAAGAAAGAUUGCUGCUGUCAGAGGAGGCGGUGAAGAGGGCAUCUACCUCUCUUACCCUCAUCAAGUCCCCCGAUCCCGGCUCAAAUCAGUCCCCAGAGGAUAUCCUCGCCCUCAAUGCUGCUGCAAUCAUAGAAAAUAUCAAACUGCAAAGGCAGCGCAGGAAGAAGAAAAGUGAGAAGGACUCGCCUGCUUCACCCCAGGGAAAUACUGAAAAAUCUACAAAGACAAAUCCUCAUCAGAAAUCAAUCGAACACCAAGAGCGGCCUCGCUCUGACUUUGGCCCAUUGAGACCCGACCCUGAAAAUCUGGCUGAAAAUAUUUCUCUACAGGAAGCAUUACGGAGGUCCAGACCGGACUUCAUCAUCCGCUCCCAGGGCAGAGUGAGAAAGCUAGAGAGGAGAGCGCAGGAGAGGCGAGUGCUGAUGGACUCCACUGAGCCACACAAACAGACAGAUGCUGAUCUGAGGCUGAGCAAAGUCCACAGCACCAAGUCGAAAAUCCUGAACGAUAACUUGAGGAAACUCACAUUUGAAGCCAGCACUGGGAAAGAGACGCAGCUUAUAACAAAGCGCACGAUUCCAGAGGUGAAGAAGAAAAAAGAGGAAGAGAAGAAGAGGGAAGUCCAUACAACCAACAGACAGCGAGUUCAGCUUUUCGGAAAGAAACUGUUGGAUCAGAUUCUUCAAAGGAGCGACAGCUGAAGACCUAAUGGAUGGACAAGAUACAACGCAACAACAAACAAUCAAGUAAAUGUGAAUAAUUCAUACUCUAUGUUCUGUAAUAAUUCAUAUUCUGUGUUUUGGAUUUAUGAAUUUUGAAUUCAGCAUGAAUAUGAAUGACCAUGGAUGCCCAUUUUAUUAUUACAACUGUCCUUAAAAUAGUCCCUUCAUGUGUAGAUGAUGCACAGUGAGCAUCACAGCUUCUUUACAGACAAUGUAUUUUGUGUUUCUUCUGCUUUUUUUCCACUGCAAGAACCUGUUUCAGAUUAAAGAUCCGAUAUUGCCUUUUCACAGGAUCUGAAAUAAGCUGUGAGACAGAAUCAUUCAUUAAACCUCACAGGUCCUUCCAGGACAUUUUGCAACUGCCGUCCUCAUUACGUGGACGAGGACUGAAGCUGGCUCAGCUGCCACCAUUCAUUUCCAGCUAUUAGCAGUAAGAUGGAAGAAUGUGACCUCUUGUCGUUGGAAAUGCUCUGUUAACGGACUGUGGCGAUUUGAAUGGAGCUUUUGUCUCCAUCUUUGUCUCAUGAUGGAAGGGGUCCGGCUGCAGCACAUUUAGAUUUCUGUAUUUUGAUCCAAAGUGAGUUUCACCAGACUGCUGCCAUUUAAAGUGAUGGAACUGAGAUCAAAAGUGAGAUGUCUGAAUAUUUAUUCUUUAUUUUCUUAUUCUGAUUUUACUCACUUGUCUUUAAGUCAGAACACUUUUGGGCCAACUGUUCCAUCCAUCUAAUCAUGUACUGGACAAGAUGGGACAUUUAUGUAUUUGCAUAUUUGACGAGAUUUCUUUUGAAUGAAAACAUUUUGGAAUUUUUAAAUGAAGUAAAACAAAUGAAUUAUUAACCUUUGA